CCUUUCUGACGUCUUUCGCGAGUGAAAAAUCAACGAAAUCGUAUUCUCACUAUUUUUCUAAACGAAAGCUUGUACACCAUCCCCUGAGUGCUCAUUUUGCUCUAUCCGACCGAAAGAAUGGCGCUCUUAUCUCUAUUUGAACAUACGAUUCGCAAAAAUGUUUAUAUUACGAAUAAAUUAAUGCAGUAGGAACGAAGAAAGGUGUGUUCUCGUUUCUAGGGAUUAUUUCAGGGACUGUCGGUAAAGUUUUCAACUUGUUAGUAUAUAAGGCAUUUACAUACAGUGGCAUGCAUCAGUCGUAAGAGUGGUAAGAGGCAACUUUGUCGUCAAGAAUUGAUCGUUGACAAUCAGAAAAUGUUUCAUAUAAGAUUGGUGAAGCAAUUUAGAUCUAUAAGAAUUAGACAAUUCCAUUCUACUCUUAUUAAGUAUGAAGACAAAGUUGUUCCUGAAAAUAAAUCCACAAAACCACCACAAGCGCAAGAAAACAUAUUAGGGUCACCAUUUCAUACUGUGACUAAUUUUGAUAAAAGAAUAUUAGUAUGGGUUAAACGCUAUCCUAGUAUGGAUCAAGUUCCAGACAGAGUAUCUAUAGAUUGUAUACAAAAAGCACAUGCUAUAGCAAGAGUUCGUGGAUGUCUUUUAAUGACAGUACUUGCAAUAAUUGGAUUUAUGGUAUCUAUUUAUAUCGGGAAAAAAGAAACAUCAGGUGGAAAGAAUAUAAUGACAGAAAGAUUAAAGUGGUAUAAACAAAUGGAAGAAAAAGGUCGAAAAGAAGCAAUGGAAAAACAGCAAUAAAGAAGUAUUUCAAUAUUAUUGUAAAUAUGUAAAAAGCAAUAAUAAAAUAGUUAUUUAAUAUAAUA